CACAACAUUUGUUACGGCUUCCCACCACGGCCAUACACUGUCGUUGGACUCAUUUGUCCAUUGGCAACCACAAUGGACCCGCGUGGACUGACGCUACGAAAGAAGCGCAAAGACCGCCCUACAAUAAGCGCUCCUCAAAAUGCGUCUGGUCCAGGCAUCACUCGUCCGGCGGCACCAGCAGCAGCAACACCGCAACAGAAGAAUAAGGGCGGUGCCACUCUCGCUCCCCCGCGCGAUCGUAAUGCGCCUACAGAGACCUCCGAUCUAGUCAAACGUCGUUAUUCGACGCGAUAUAAUCAAUUGCCCGACUUCAGCAAUAUCGGAGCUCCCCCUGUCCCAAACCUGCCCGGUGCCCUGAAGCGACGGUCUGGAGCUGCCUCUCCUCGACGCCCUGGCACGGCAUCCUCUUCACGACCACUCCUUGUCGACAGCGACACUCUGAGUGAUCCAAAUCUUCAGGCUGAACGCUAUGUCACAGAUCUCCUUUCAAAUGCCUCCGAAUCCGACAUUCAGGAAUAUCAGACGAAUUUGCAGCGCCUCAAGAACAGAAAUUCUGCAGAUCUGCAGCAAAGUGUGUACCAGAAUAGGACGUCUUUCAUAAAGAUAAGCAAAGAGGCUGAGAAACUGAAGGCGGAGAUGGCUAUUUUGCAAAGUCUCAUGUCGGAACUCACGAGUACAAUUGGCCAAAGCAGUUCGGGGAACUCUAACAACGCCAUUUCGCCUGAUCUCAGUCACUCAAAUUCGCAGUCCAGAAAACAAGCAAACAGAAGCUCUGUUGCCAAUCUUGAACAGAUGUGGAACAUACAGCUACAGGCGCUAUGGAAGAAUGUGGAGAAAUCUCAGAAGUUCUUGCCCGCAGCCCCGGGUCGUCACAUUGUGGCGGAGACAGGGAGCUGGAUCGAGCUUGAUAGUGCGACUUGGAAGCCUAAGCGUCCUGUCCACAUCGUCCUUCUCAAUGACCAUCUGCUUGUUGCGUCUAAGAAACGCAAACGUGUCGACCCCAAUGUCCCUCAGCAGGGUCCUGCACCAACUAAACUCGUGGCCGAGGAGUGCUGGCCUCUCCAAGAUAUUGAAAUUAUCGACAUGGCUGCCAACGGAGCUGCAACUCAAGCAGAAGAAAAAGCCAUUGCCUCCGCUUUAACCAUCCGAUCGGGCGGGCGGUCACUAACAUAUAGGCACGAGAAGCGAGACGAGAAGGCGAAGAGUGGCUUAUUGAUGGCCUUGAGGAAAGCCACCGAAGAUGUACGCAAGGCUACUAAAAAUCAAGAGGAACAACCAAGCAAUCAAAGUGAAAGCAUGAACUACUUUGCUUCUCGAGAUCCAGCUUCGGCAACAAACACGGGGAUUCUCGACAGUAUAAAUUCGUCCAAAGACAAGCCUGAUAUCCUCAUCGAAGUCGACGGCAAACAGCAGAACUUCCGCUGGGUCGAAGGACAAAUCGAUGACCUCGACAUUGACAUUUCUCUCCAGCGAUUCGACGACGCGGUAGAAAAGGUGGAGAGACUGCGGAAGAUCGCAAAGGGCCUAAAGAGUAACUCGAUCGCACAGGAGCUGAUAGGCCUCAAGGUUGAUGAGCGUGCCGCUAAACUUGCGAGCAUCUUGUGCCGAGAGCUCGUUGAAACGCCCUCUUUCAUGGAGGCUACCAAGCGCACCACCUCUUACCUCAUCCGUCUGGGCUUCGAAGAUCGGGCCCGAGAGAUCUACCUCAACGCGCGCAGUGAGACAUUGACCAAGCGCGCCAGACAAUGCGUCUUUGACGGCGACCUGCAUCGCUACGUCUUCUCCAUCUCAUACGUCUACUUCACCGUCGUGAAGAACACGGUACUCAUCUACCAGGCGUCGUUCGCACCAAUCAGCAUAAGCGCCUGUAUCAAGUGGGCAAACGGCCAUCUCGAGACGUUCAACACGCUGCUCGUGCGACAGCUUAGUGCCAUAGAGCGACAGGGCCAGUUGUGGAACGAAUGCAUGGAUGUCGUGUGGACUCAUGAAAAGGAGAUGCUAGGUGAUUUUGGGUUGAACUUCAGAGAAGUCAUCGGGCGUGGACUGGAACUUGAUCUGUCAGCUGCGAAAAUGGGAUCCGGUUCUGGGGAUGCGCGCGAUCAAAGCCGCUCGAAAUCGCGAGGAAGAGGUACUACUUGAGUGGACGCCUGAUCAUUAUGUUCCGAGAUAUAUGGGUGGUAGCUGCAUUGAGUGGAGAAAUUGUUCUUGUGAAAACUACACAGGAUGAAAUGCAAUCUGCAAUAUCUACUAUGGGUAUGCUCGUGCUGCAAUCACAUAUUUCCCUCUUUCCUCUUGCCAGUAAUUUGAAUUUGUCGUAGAACAUCAUCCAAGCCCUGGGCAGGAG